GCUGGCCACACUGUUUUCAAGCUCUGUUAAAUUGUGUUUCUAAUUUGAAGUAAAAAUCAAACGCGCAGUAGAUAUCAACAAGUGAUCAACAUGUCAAGCGAAGGAGCCAAGACAUUCACGCGAGCCGAGGUCGCCAAGCACAACACGAACAAGGACACCUGGCUGCUUAUCCACAACAACGUCUACGACGUCACCUCCUUCCUGAACGAGCAUCCCGGAGGCGAGGAGGUGCUGAUCGAGCAGGCCGGCAAGGAUGCCACAGAGAACUUUGAGGAUGUUGGCCACAGCAACGAUGCCCGCGACAUGAUGAAGAAGUACAAGAUCGGCGAGCUGGUGGAAAGCGAACGGACCAGCGUGGCCCAGAAGUCGGAGCCCACCUGGAGCACGGACACACAGAACGAGGAGAGCUCGGUGAAGUCGUGGCUGCUGCCCUUGGUGCUGUGCCUGGUGGCCACGCUCUUCUACAAGUUCUUUUUCGGUGCUGCCAAACAGUAGCGAACCCAAAUGAGGCCCAGCCCGCUCCGGAGCCAAUUAGUUAAUCUACGAACGAACGCUCAAAAGUCACAGGCCCGGAGAGGAGUUGAGAAGGAUAAGGAGUAGCAGCGAUGGAGCCAACGGAGCGGGGGCGAUUUUAAUAGUAAAUUUGUGCUAAGUUUUAAUGUUACAUUUUGGCAUUUGGCAUUUUUUGUACACAACCCUC